CGAUGGCAUCUCCUCAGCUUCAGGAAACACUGGUGCAAGAUGCUCCAGUCCAGAUGGACAGCUCUUCGUCUCGCACUGAACUCAAUGUUGAGAUGAAAGCUGACGGAGGUAAUGUGGAGAAGUCAGAUAACAAGGACUACACAGGUGAUGGGGAUGAUAGUGCGUGGCAAAAUGAUAGUCCAUGGGGAAAAACGUGGAAAACAGGCAGGGAACACACAGGAGUGAUGCACUACCUUGGCAGAAUUUACAUUUUUAAAGGGAUACUUCGACCAAAAAUUUUAAUUUAAGUCACCAUUUACUCACCUUCGAGUUGUUCCAAAUCUGUAUAAAUUUCUUUGUUCUGAUGAACACAGAGAAACAUAAAUGGAAGAAUGCUUAUAAACAAACAGACCUUGCCCCCAGGGGCAAAGUUGGGGGGUGGGCCGCUUUCAGGUGAUAUGACCCUCCAAGGCCAAACAAAUUAUGCACAUAAUGUACAUUUUCAUAUAAUAAAUUCUAUAUAGCAUACCAGUUGGUAUUUUAGAACAGUAGUAGCUGUUCCUAAUAGCUAUACAGCCUGCCUCUCCAACAGACCGGUUAAAGGUAAGAACAUAAUGGUAAUGAAUUAAGUACUAAAUAUGAUAAAGUAAUACAUGAUGAGUAUUCGGCGCAAAACAACUUUUCUUUAGUGGGAAUUAAGGAUAAUUAAAUUACUGACGCGAGCGGUGCAACUAUGAAUAACUUUUAUAGUAGAUACUUUCUUCCAAAGCGAGUAAGCAGGGGCGUAGCCAGAACUUUUUUUAGAGGUGGCCAGGUAAGACCCAGUGAAUUUUAUUAGGGUAACCAAAAUAUCCUUACAGAUAUGAAUUAUUUAACUUCUACUGUAAUUUACACCAAUUCUUCACUUCACAUAGAUUGUUGAUCAAGUUCAAAAGACAGAUUUUUCUGACCUGAUCCUUCGGUUCGAGAUGAACCUCCACGGUACACUAUCACUGUUUAGGCUCGUUUGAGAUGGACCUUGCCUCACCUGAAAUGAGGACGAGAGCAGGUGGAUGCAGUAAGGGGAGGAGUCAAAAAAGUGCAGAGCAACAAGAAUCCUCAGAGACAGCUGGAAGACACACAGAAAAACAAGAUGACUUAUUGCUACAAGAAUUUUUGAAAAGUCACAAAUCCAACAUGAAGCAUAAGGCAGAGCAUAUUUUUGAUGUCAAAAAGGAAGAAGAAACUUAUCUCAAGGAUGUUUACACAGAGCUCUUCAUCACAGAGGGUGAUAUUAAAGGAGUGAAUGAAGAGCAUGAGAUUCUACAGAUUGAUGAAGCUUUAAAGAGGAAAAAACAACAGGACAGACCGAUCCACUGCAAUGAUAUCUUCACUUCAUUGAGACAAAAAACAACAAAGAGAAAGAUUGUUCUGACCAAAGGCAUCGCUGGUAUUGGAAAAACCGUCUCUGUGCACAAGUUCAUUCUGGACUGGGCUGAAGGAAAAGCCAAUCAGGAUAUAGACGCCAUGUUCCUGCUUCCAUUCCGGGCGAUUAAUUUGAUUAUAGCUAAAACCAUCAGUCUACAUCAGUUUCUGAGUACAUUUUAUCCUGAACUGAAAAAACUGGAAAAAACAAAUUUAUAUAAGAAGUAUAAUCUUGCAUUUAUCUUUGAUGGACUUGAUGAGAGUCGACUGCCUUUCAAUUUUCAAAGUGAAAUGGUGACUGAUGUUGAUGAAAAAUCAACUGUGGAUGAAUUGUUCACAAAUCUGGUCAGAUGUCAUCUGCUUCCAUCAGCUCUUGUCUGGGUGACCUCACGACCAGCGGCAGCCAAUCAAAUCCCUUCAGAGUAUGUAGGUUUGUUCACAGAGGUGCGAGGAUUCACUGACCAACAGAAGGAAGAGUACUUCAGAAAGAGAAUCAAAGAUGAGUCUCAGGCCUCCAGAAUUAUCUCACACAUCAAGACAUCUCGAAGUCUCUACAUCAUGUGUUACAUUCCUGUGUUCUGUUGGAUCACGGCUAUUGUUCUCCUGGAAACUCUCAUUGAAAACAACACAGAGGACAUUCCCACGACAAUCACUGAAAUGUACAUCCACUUCCUGCUAAUACAGAUGAACAUGAAGAACAGGAAACAUGAUACAAAAGUUGAAAGAAACUAUACAAAGUUAUUGGAUUCAAAUAAAUCAAUGGUUUUAAAAUUGGCUAAGCUAGCUUUUGUACAACUGAAGAAUGAAAACACAAUGUUCUAUGAGAAAGAGCUGAAAAAAUGCGGUAUUGAUGUGAGUGAAAACACUGAAUCCAUAGGAAUGCUCAUCGAGAUCUUUAAGAAAGAAGCUGGACUGCAUGAGAUGAAGGUUUUCUGCUUUGUGCAUCUGAGCGUUCAAGAGUUUCUCGCUGCGCUACAUGUGUUCCUCAGUUACCUCAACAAGAACCUGAAGGAGCUUAAAUUUUUCUUCAACCAUGAACUUUGGUUCUGCUUCAAAAAAAUCCUGAGAAAAGUUACUUUGCAUGAAUUACUCAACAAUGCUGUUGAUAAAGCAAUGCAGAGUGAGAGAGGACAUUUAGACCUUUUCUUGAGGUUUCUUCUGGGCAUUUCACUGGAAUCAAAUCAGAAACUGUUGAAUGGAUUGUUCAGGGAGAUAAAGGACAGCACAGAGAGCAUCACAAAAGUUACAGAACAAACUAAAAAAAAAUUACAAAACCAUAACAUCUCAGCUGAAGCUUCAGUCAACCUUUAUUACUGCCUACUUGAACUAAAAGAUAAAUCAUUACAUGAGGAAAUCCAGAGAUACCGGAGUUCAGGCAAAAAUUCAGGAAGAGAACUCUCAGCUUCAAUGUGUUCAGUGUUGACUUACAUACUGAUGAUGUCAGAGGAGGUGAUGGAUGAGUUCAACAUUGAGAUGUACAAAACCUCACCUGUAAACUACAUGAGACUAAUCCCAGCUGUGAGAUGCUCCAGAAAAGCCAUAUUGUACCGCUGUGAUCUCACUGCUGAGUGUUGUGAAAGUGUAUCAUCAGCUCUACAAUCAUCAAACUCUCCUCUGAGAGAACUGGACAUGAAUGACAAUAAUCUUCAGGAUUCAGGAGUGAAGAUGAUCUGUGAUGGACUGAAGAGCCCAAACUGUAAACUGAAGACACUGAGAUUGUACGGCUAUGAUCUCACUGCUGUGUGUUGUGAAAGUGUAUCAUCAGCUCUACAAUCAUCAAACUCUCCUCUGAGAGAACUGGACAUGAGUGAAAAUAAACUACAGGAUUCAGGAGUGAAGAUGAUCUGUGAUGGACUGAAGAGCCCAAACUGUAAACUGGAGAUAUUGAGAUUGAGAAACUGUAAACUCACUGCUGAGUCCUGUGAAAGUGUAUCAUCAGCUCUACAAUCAUCAAACUCUCCUCUGAGAGAACUGGACAUGAGUCACAAUGAUCUACAGGAUACAGGAGUGAAGAUGAUCUGUGAUGGACUGAAGAGCCCAAACUGUAAACUGAAGACACUGAGAUUGUCAUACUGUAAUAUCACGGCUGAGUGUUGUGAAAGUGUAUCAUCAGCUCUACAAUCAUCAAACUCUUCUCUGAGAGAACUGGACAUGAGUCACAAUAAUCUACAGGAUUCAGGAAUGAAGCUGAUCUGUGAUGGACUGAAGAGCCCAAACUGUAAACUGGAGACACUGAGAUUAUAUCGCUGUGAGUUGAAAGAGCAAGGAAUUUCUGAUCUACUUUCAGCUCUGAGGUCAAACCCCUCACACAUAAGAGAGCUGGAUCUGAGCUACAAUAGUCCAGGAUUAUUAGGAGUGAAGCUGCUCUCUGAUCUACUGAAAGAUUCACACUGCAGACUGCAGAAACUCAAGUUAACAGACUGUAAACUCACUGCUGAGUGGUGUGAAAGUGUAUCAUCUGCUCUACAAUCAUCAAACUCUCAUCUGAGAGAACUGGACAUGAGAAACAAUGAUCUACACGAUUCAGGAAUGAAGAUGAUCUGUGAUGGACUGAAGAGCCCAAACUGUAAACUUGAGAUAUUGAGAUUGGUACACUGUAAACUCACUGGUGAGUGUUGUGAAAGUUUAUCAUCAGCUCUACAAUCAUCAAACUCUUCUCUGAUAGAACUGGACAUGAGUUACAAUGAUCUACAGGAUUCAGGAGUGAAGAUGAUCUUUGAUGGAUUGAAGAGUCCAAACUGUAAACUGGAGACACUGAGAUUGUUAGAGUGUAAACUCACUGAUGAGUGUUGUGAAAGUGUAUCAUCAGCUCUACAAUCAUCAAACUCUCCUCUGAGAGAACUGGACAUGAUUCACAGUAAACUACAGUAUUCAGGAGUGAAGAUGAUCUCUGAUGGACUGAAGAGCCCAAACUGUAAACUAGAGAUACUGAGAUUUUCUUACAGUAAGAUGACAGAGGAGGAAGGCUGUUCUUAUCUGGCUUCAGCUGUGAAGUCAAACCCCUCACACAUAAGAGAACUUGAUCUGAACUACAAUCAUGAAGGAGAUGAAGGAACGAAGCUGCUCUAUGAUCUACUGGAAGAUCCACACUGCCGACUGGAGAAACUCAGUUUACGGUAGUAAAUUCACAGGCCCUGACAUGGGGGAGGUCAUUUUAGAUUCUGAAAUGAUCAUGAAGGAACGUGCCCGAUUGUUUCAGGCAUUUAUAAACAGUCAGCCAUCUACCUUCCUUCUGCAUCGAUUUGGAUGUCGCUACUCCUCAUUCCACUCCUCCCCUAAUUGAACUGACCUCAUUUCAUUCAGUUCUGUAUUGUGGAUGGCUUUAGCUCUGAGCUCAAACCUAGUCUCUCCACCAAACUCUUGUGAAACGUUUGUCUGUUGUGCAAGUAGAUGCUGAAUAGCAUUCUGUCCUUUACUACAUCUGAGAAGCAACUUGUUCCCAAGCAGAUCUCUCUCUUAACACAAAAGUAACAAAGUGAGAUGUUAUACUCUUCACAGAAAUACAGUUUGUCUACAUAUACGUUGUAUAGGUAGGUCUAUAUAUGAAAUAUAAAUAUGCAAACCAUGUAUGGAGAUAAACAGUAGGUGGAUCUUGCAUCAAAGCGUAAUGUGAGAAAACAUGGAUUUCAGGUGACAUGAUUAUAAACAGGUUAACGGAACAAUGAUUGAACACGUUUUUCCAAAAACAGCAGACGGGUAACACACUUAAUGUAACAUUUUCAACAGAAUGAUCAGGCUUGGUACUUACAUUAGUUAUUUUGAGUGAAUGCACAUAGAGGAUAUAAUUAAAUUAUUAUUUAGUGAAAGGUAAUGAUGAAUAGUUGCUCCCAAUUUUUGUUAUAUAUUUUGUUACGUUAAUAUUGUGGUGCACAGUUGCCAUCUACUGUUGUUUGUUAUGUAAUGAUGAUUUCUUUCUCAUUUUUUUGGCAUUUUUUUUUUUAUUAAAAACAUUAAUUUCUUUAAAAACUAUUAUUAUAACUUAUUAAGACGAAUGUAAGUUUUUACUCUGUAGGAUAUUUGAGAUACCAAAACACACACUUCUAGUUUAAAAUACAAAAUCCUUAUACAAACAAAAAACUUUUAAAAUGUCUCCACAACUACAACUAUUGAUCAAAUCUGUUAAACACAUCUGGAUUCAAAGGGAAGAGGUGAUCACCAAACACAAAUGCACAUGGACACAUUUACACAAACAUUGGCUGACGUGUUGACUCAUGACCUCAUACAGCCAGGGAGAAUAAUUGAGAUUCACACAGACUAAUAAUAUUUGAUGUCCCUUAAACCAGCGGAUUACAAACAUUUUCCUCAUGAGACCCUUUGUGUGCCUCCUAUAGUGCUCCUCAUGUAUGAUGUAUUCUGUCAUGAAAUGUACCAAACUUUGGCCUAUUGGCGCCAUCUAGGGGAACAUCAGGGAAUUGCAGCACACAUUUUGAGAAACUAACACAAACAAAAAUGUGGACAGCAGUGUAUUCAAAGUAAAAGAUCAUUUUGAGUAUUGUAUUGUCACAGUUUUAACUUUUAUAUAAAAGAGUAGCUUUAUAAAAUAGCUUAAGUAACUUCAAGUAGGUCUAAUUUAAAAAAGCUACUGUACAGUUUACAAUAAAUACUGUGAAUUCAUAUUAUAUUCAUGAGUUUCUAUUGGGUCUUUUAAUUAUAUAAAUAAUCCUGAUGCAAAAAGGAAAGGUAUUAGAUUAAAUCAGAACUUUAAUUUAGCUGUUGUGGGUCACUAUUGACUCCAGGACAAAAGACUACUAUGGGAAUCAAUGGUGACCCAAAACACCCUUUGUUACGAAUGUUUACCACAACAAAGAAAUGUAUACAGCUUUGCUACAACUGGAGGGUGAACAAAUGACGAUAAUAUGUAAUUUUUUUUGUUGAACUAUUUCUUUGAGCCCUGUCUUGGAAACUGCCCCUAUAACAAUUAAAGAGAUAAAAUAACUGUG